AUGCACUACAAAGCUUGGGCCUGUAAAAUUCUGGCACCCGAGAGAAGCAACGGAAUGCCUAAAGAGGAGCAGGUGAUCUACGAGGACGAGAUCGGUAGGGAGAUCGGCGACGAUAUGGGGCCGAGAUGGAGGGAGGCGCUGCGUAACGAGGAGCACCUGCAUGGGCCGAAAAUAACGAAAUGGCGCUUGCGCGCGUACGUCGAAUACAUGUCGACUGAAACCGGCCAACAGGCGGCAUCGUUGGAUACAGGCCGGACCAGAGUCGCUGGAAGGAAGGCGAAAAAAAGCACCCCUCCGAUGAUGCUGGCGCGCCUUACUGCACUAACGUGCUUCUGCAGAGUAGAGGCCAUACUCUUCAACGAGCCACUAACGAAACCCUUGGACGACAUCACCGAGGCCCGGCAGCUUCUUGCGGUCAAGCUGCGGCAGCUGCACGACUUUCAGUUCGAGCAGUGCGUCGAUCCACACCGGGGCUCGCUCGACGAUGUUUACACGCAGGAGCAGUUCCGCAUUCUCGUUUCAGACAUCCUGCCGUACUGGGCCAAGGAGUAA